AUGGAUACAUUAAAAGUUUAUAAUGAAUAUUAUUUUGGAAGAAUUUAUAGAAAGAUAAGGAGGUCAAUUGGGUUACAACAAUCUGUUAUAUAUGGUAAUGAGUUAACAUUAGAAUUUAUUCAAUCAAUUUUUAAUAGUAGAUACGAGGGAGAGGUUAUUGAUUUUAGUGUUGAAGAGAAAUCAUUAAAUGGUGGUUUAAAUUCAUCAAUUCAAAGAAUUCAAUUAAAAUGGAAAAAACAAAAAAGAGAAUGUGGUAAUUUUAAAGUUUUUCCAGAAACUGUAAUAAUGAAAUCAGUAAUUGAAUCAUUUGAUAGAAUUAAAUUCUCUAUUGAACAUUCACAAUCAAGAGAAGCUGAUUUCUAUCAAUAUCAUCUUUCAUCCUUAUUAUCAAAUAAUAAUAAUAAUAAUAAAAUGAAAUAUCCUUUUAUACCAAUAGUUUAUUAUUCAAAUAAAACAUAUUGUGGCUCAUUCUCAAUGAUUUUACAAGAUAUUUCAUCUCCAAAACCAUCGUCAACAUCAUCAUCAUCAUUAUCAACAUCAUCAUAUAUUUUAGGAUCAUUAGCUAUGGGUAAUCAAUGUUGGGGAAUACCAGAUGGUGUUGAUAUUAGUGGAUAUGAUAUUUCAUGGAUUGUUGAAAAUUGUUUUAUUGAAACUUCAAAACUUCAUAUUGAUUUUUGGAGAGAUAAAGAGAUUUUAUCUCAACAACAACAACAACAACAACAACAACAAGAGAAUUCAAAUAAUGAUUUAUCAUGGUUAAAAAAUUUAGAUUAUUAUAAUGGUAUUGGAAAAGAGAAAUAUAUUAAUUAUUUUGAAAUUAAAUUAAAUAAUACUUGGGAAAAGAGUACAUUACCAUUAAUUGAAAAAUUAUCAAAAGAGAAUAAAUUAGAACAUGUUGAUCUAUAUAAAUUGGUUGUAAAUGAAUAUUUUCAAUCUUUUAUAAAAUGGGAAUCAUUUCAAAAGAGAGUUGAUAUAAAUCAACCCAAUACACCAUUUACAAUGGUACAUGGUGAUUUUCAUGCUGGUAAUAUUAUGAUACCAAUUACUACCACCACUAUAGUCGGAAAAGAAGGUGAUGAAAUAAAGAAAAAUCAAAUUAAAAAAGAUGGCCAAAUUUACUUUUUAGAUUAUUCAGAAGUUGGUAUUGGUUGUCCAUUCUCUGAUAUUUCUCAAUUUAUAAUUAGUAAUUGUUCAAUUGAAUUUAGAAGAGAGAAUGAAAAAAGAUUAUUUUCAAUUUAUUAUGAAAAAUUGAUUAAAUCUAAAAAAGUUGAUUCAAAUAUUUUCAAUUUCAAUUAUUGUUUUAAUCUUUAUAAAAGAGGUGGAAUUGAAAAAUGGAUUUGGUUUAAUAUAUUAUUAAGUGAAAUGGUACCUGAAUUUGCUUUUAUUUUUUAUUUUAAUCAAUUAUCAACUUUUAUAAAUGAUCAUUAUAAUUUAAAUUUAUUUAAAUAA